GCUGCUGCUUGCGUCGCUUCAGGGACACCUGCCACUGAUAAGCGAAGAUCUGUUACUUUACGCAAACUUUAACCAACUUUUACAUACGAUUAGUCUUGUAUUAGAGGUUAGACAUUUGGUAGACGUGUCAGACAUGCUCAAGUGCAAUGUUGUUUAGCUUUACAAGUAUGCAUAACAACAAAGGAUAAGCAAAUGGGAGGAGUGUAGCUUGUUAAACGCGUUAAGCGAGCAACCCGUGCCACAAUACGGACAGUGUGACCUCACGUAUCCAGUCACUCUGCCCUGAAGCACCACAAUUCAUGUCUCCACUCCCUUCCUUCCAGCCAAGCCUUUAAUUAUUUUUAAUCGUGUGUGGUUAGAAAGCGGCGGCACGACCAGGUAGACACGCACGGUACAGUACAGGACGGGUGGAUGUCGCUGAGUGUCCCGGGGAUGGAUGCGGUGUGUGGCGGCCCGAUGAGCUUCAGAAGUCGGCUGGAGAGGAGCAGCCACACCGCUUUCAUAGAUGACGGGGUCCUUUAUGUAUGGGGAGGCUAUCAGAUGGCUAAUGGAGAAGAUGCGGUGUUGCCCAGUGAUGAGAUAUGGCUGUUUGAUUUGUACAGUGGCUUAUGGGAGCAGAGGGAGCUGACAGGGGAUGUUCCACCUGACCUGAAUGGUUUCUGUGGGUCGUAUUUGAACGGGACGCUAUAUAUUUUUGCAGGAUCUGAUGGCGGAGGCUACACAAAUGAUAUGUUUACAGUGAACCUUCGGAGCGAAUGUUAUGUUUGGAAAAGACUAACGAACAUCAAUGGGAAGACUCCAUCCCCCCGAACCAAGCACUCCUGCUGGGUCUAUAGGGACAGGUUAAUAUAUUUUGGUGGCUAUGGAUGCAAGACGGUAGGAGAUGUACAGAACAGUUCACCAUCAAGCUUCACUGUCGAAGAAAUGUCCUGGACUACAAUUGGAGGUACAUUAUUCAGGUGCUGGGGUUGGAACAAUGAAGUUAAUGUUUUUGACACACUAACCUCGACGUGGAGCUUACCGGAAACAAAGGGCUCGGCUCCUGAACCCAGAGGCUGCCAUGCUGCUGCUAUUUUAGGAAGCAAAGGCUACAUCACUGGUGGCGUGGAAAGUCCUCAGUUAGACCUUUACUGCUUAGACCUAGACACUUGGACAUGGAGUUGUUUGAUCAGUUCUGGUUCUCCCGCUCCGAUGGGGCGCACUAUGCACUCUAUGACCGCUACACCAGACGGGACCCUCUUUGUUUAUGGAGGUUUUGGGACAUAUGGACCAACACUCAAUGAUGCCUGGCAGUAUAACUUGGAUAGGAAACAGUGGACCAAAGUGGACCAACAUCAAGACAAACCCAGGGUGGGUCAUACCUCAUGUCUUGGAAGCGACGGUGACAUUGUGGUUUUUGGGGGAAGUAGCAACUUGACUCUCCAAAUGGACCUGGUGGCCAUUUUGCGCUCUCCUCGGCAACAGCACUGUAGUGAUGUGUUGAUCUUUCAGACCCAGCCGUAUCCUCUCUCCAGGUUAUGUGAAGACUUCAUAGGAAGAAACAACAUGCUGUUUGAGAGCCACCUGAACUGUCUGCCUUCAAAAAUGCAAAACAAACUAGAAAAGAGAUGUGCCUAUUUCAUAGAAGAAACCUUAAACCCCCUCACCGCAGACUUAAGUGCCUGAUUUUAAAACCCAAUUCUUUAAAUGGUUCUCCUUUUUGUUUGUAGGCUUUUGUUUAUAAAUAUUUUGCAGUUUUUAACUUAAUUUUGUAAUUAAAAAAAAUAUGCAUUUGCUUUGUUUUAAAAAGCUUAAACUUUUACCAGUGAUUUAAUGCACAUUUAAAUAAAGAUGUUAUUUUAUAUUGUAAUAUGUAAAAAUGUUUUCAACUAUUAAAAACUUUAACGCUACUUCAGCACUUGAGGAGGUGGGACUGGGCAGUAAUAUUGACUUUCAAUGUUUGUAUUUUUCCGAAUAAAGCACAUUAAAAAGGGC